AUGGACGCUGGUGGUUAUAACUAUCAUGGCGCGCACCAGCUUUCCUCAGUUCCCUCGCCAUUUCCGCUGCGCCAGGGACUAUACAGCAAUAUGCAGAACAUGGUAUCUUUAACGGCGCGGACGACUGGUCUUUGCUGCCACUGCGGCCGAGGCCUACCUUAUGACAAAUACCAUUUCUGGUGUCUAUUCUGCGACCUCCAUUUCUGUGCCGACUGCCCAGGCUCACACCCAUCGACUCACCAGCCCUACUACAAAUGGCUCAUCGACCGUGCCACUCCGAGGGGUGCGCUCCCAACACAGAAAGCCUGCAUGAAGUGCAAGAGAUUGUCCCACUGCAGUCUUGGGUGUGACGAUUGCGAGCUCAACUUUUGCGUUGAUUGCGCAGCAAGCAGCCGUGAUUCAUUGGCUAAUCAUGGACAUGGCAAGAUGGCGACUAUCAGGGCCCCGGAUGACUUUGGUCUUAGUUCUUACAACCUGGGCUGUGAUAGUUGUCAAGCUGGUGCUACUCUUUCACAUUGUGGACGCUGCGGUAAUGGAAUCAAGAAACGGGACAGUUUCUGGGCAUGCGUUACGUGUGUCAAAGAUUACAACGGCCAGAUUCGCUUUUGUGAAGAAUGCCAAAACCCCGGACGACAGGACCACGAUCCAACACAUAAAUUUGCCUCAUUCCAGUAUCGAGUUGAUAUGAACAUGGAUCCCAAAUACAAUAUUGUCCGCUGUUUAGACUGCAAGCAAACUGUAUCGUUCAAUGGCCAGUCUUUGGCGCGCCACUCGCAUACCAGAUUUCAAAUCACUAUGGGAGAGGCAGAGAAAGACCGAAGGGUGUAUCACAGCUAUCGCACCUGCGCACGCAAACCAGUCCGAGAUAUGGCUACCGUGUCUGCCGAAGCACAUAAUUUGCUGUGGUUCUCUUUGAAUUCCAAUGUCUUUCUUUGUCCAUCUUGUACUCUCAUGACCUGUGAGACCUGUGCCGAAGCUGGCGGUGCCCGGUCACACCCUCACAUCAUGAUUCCAGUGUCCCUGAACCGGGCCAGGCCGCCUGAUGAUCUAUGGAAACAGUUGGCGACGCCGAGCCUUUACGCAAGAGCGUGUGAUAAAUGUGACAAACCUAUAGCGCCACAUACCGACUGUUACAUCCAAUGCAACCACUGCACCCUGUGGAAUAUCUGUCUCGAUUGUACCAAGAAACGCAACAUUCCCGUGCGGCACACGUGUUCUGACGCUGUUGAAAUGACCCUGUUUGACCCAGUUGAUAGAGGAAGCAACUGGUUAGCAAUGCAAGUUUCAAUGGCCCAAAGAGCAAUGACAGGUCAACAGCAGCCUCUCAUGCUGUUACCAGGGCAGGUCGGAUAUAAUAUGCCUACUGGGCAACCAUUGUCAUCACCACCAGGAGCGGGCUUCAGUGCACCUUCACCUCAGCCGGUGAUGGUACAGCGGCAGCAGUCAACAAUUAAGCGGAAACCAGCGUCAACUAGGACAUCGUCAUCUUCAUCUAUAUCUCCCAUUCAGCCAGUCCCUGUGCAUCCGCCACCAGCCCAGGGAAUAAACACCCCAACCCCAGCCACGUCUCCACCAAUGGGGCAAAUUAUAAUACAACAAUCAACCGAAAUGACGGCGCCCUAUGGAUUUGCACCUAUCGAACUACCCGUGCAACAAAAUGUUCUUUCACCAAUACAACCCAGUAUACAACCCUUCGCACCACCUUCGGACAUCAAGAGAAAGGCAUUGUCGCCCAAAAUUGAAAAUGCCUCUCGAGUUGUGUACGACAAGACAAGCAGCGCUUCGAGGGCAGUGUAUGAUAGGGCAUCUUCCAUGGCCAAGGACAUUGAUACAGACGCCGUCAAAAAAAUGGGCAAAGGGAUUCUUAAAGGCACGGCCAAAGUCGCUGGUGCAGUCGGCGUCGCGGUCCUACGCAAUGAAGUACAGCAGGCCACGGGUGUUCAAGUACCAGCUGGUCGACUGAACAACAGGCCAAAUCAGCAACAGGCUCUGGCGAUGAACUCUCAAAUGCAGCAGCAGAUGCAGACUAUCAACAAGCUCAAUGCGCAGUUACAGCUAGCACAGAAGAUUGCGCAACUGCAACAAGCUCAAAAUGCAGCGGCGGCAGCUCAGUCAGGCGGAGCCAAUAUUCCUUCUUCCAACACUCCGCUACAGAUUCAAAUGAAUACUAGCAACGCAGCAUCACCGGUUCCUGUGAGCCAAAAUACUGUACCAGUGCAAAACACAUUGGUAUCAACGCCUCCAAGCCAAGGGGCGGUACCUGUACAAGUACCAGGAACAGUAACUUCGCUGCCUUCUAGUCAACCAACGAUUCCCUUGGAAGAUACAAUGGCACCGAUCCCAGCAUGCGAACUAGCCUCUCUCUCACAAACCGAAAACAGCCUCGCGCCAAUCCCGCCAAGUGAGCAACCUCUUGCAGAUUUCCCAUUGAAUUCCAAUGUGGGUUACUUGCAGCCAGCGGCCACUCAGCCCAAUGUUCACCUACCAACGGCCCCGGAGAACACGACUACUGUAAAUAACAAUAUCGAAAUGAAUGUACAGACAGAGACUUCAAGUCAGCCACUGCAUGAUUCUGUGGAAGUGCCGCACACAGAUUCCCCAGAGGUGCAUAAUAAUUAUGAAAAUGAAAUGAACGAGGGACAGGUCAAUGAUACAAGUCAAAGUGGUCAUCAGGAUAGCAGUUAUGCUACUCAAGAUACCCAAGCCAGUAGUCAUCCACCCUCUCCCAAUCAUCCAGGUUCCCAAUUUCAGUCUACUCAGUCCGAACAGAGCACUGUGGUAGACAACCAUACCAACUCGCAACAGCACAGUCAUGAGAUCAAUACCAAUCAGCAAACAUACCCAGGAGACUCGUCACAGUUUCACAACCAAUCCACCUUCACUCAACACAUCGAUUCAAAUGUUUAUCCCUCGUCAUCACCUCCACCAGCUCCAACCUCCAUUCCACAGAGCGCUCAUUCAUCCCCUCCUCCGGCCAACGUUCCACAGAAUGCACACCCAUCUCCUUCAACCCAUCAACCGUCUAUCGAAGUUAAUCUAUCAGCUAAUAGCACCGAGUCGGAUACUUAUUACCAAGGACACCCUCUAAAUUUCCUGAACGGCGAUCCACAGGGACAGACAAGCCCCGGCUUCUCGGCCAAUUCCAGCACUGCACAUGCGACGCCGCAGACCUCGUUUUCUCAAAUGUCUAUUCCGCCCAGCUCUCCCCCAUCGCCUCUAUCGCCAGCUUCAGCAAUUCCUCCCCAUUCACCUCUGCCCGCACCUUCAUCCAUAUCUCCCUCCUCACCUCUACCGCCGGCUCAAGCGAUUCCUGCCCCAGGAGCCAAUGUUCCGCCGCAAAUCACAAUUCAAAUGCCAUCCGGAAACCCACCAGAUGCUGCGGCUGUAGCUCAGCAGCAACAGCAACAGCAACAGUUACAAAUGGCUAAUAACCAACUCAAUCAACAAAACCAGCAGCUCCAACAACUUCAACAGCAAAUUAACAUGAUGAACAUGCAGCAGCAACAACAACAACAAAAUAACCCACAGUCUGCAUCUCAACAACUUCAACAGCAAAUCAACAUGAUGAACAUGCAGCAGCAGCAACAGCAACAGCAGCAACAACAAAAUAACCCACAGUCUGCAGCUCAACAAACAAUCGAUAAUUUGCAAAUCGAGCUACUCUCCAAUCAACUCCAGCAACAAGAGCAGCAGCAACAACAACAAAGAAUUGACACGGGUCUUUCCAUUAUCAGUUCGUUGACAAAUGUAUUCGGAAACAACGGUAAUAAUAACAAUAACAACAACUCAUUCCUGCCGAAUCUCUACGGCAACAAUAACCAGCUCGCCGGUAUGGAGAUGGCCAACAUGCAAAACGAAAUCAACGCUCAGAUGGCUGCAAUCAACAAUAUCAAUCAAACAAACGACUUUCUCGCAAUGCAGCAGUUGAACAACAUGGUGGCUAAUGACCAAACAAAUUUGGAGAUUCAGCAGUUAAACGAUCAAUUAGCAUCACUCAAUACGUCGACGGCGGACAUGAACAACAUGAAUAACCAGAUUUUCGCUUCUGAUUCAUUCACGGAGAAUGUAGAUGUGAAUGUAAAUAUGAAUAUGAAUAUUUCGGAUUCUUUUGGAGGCGGUAUGACGGGGAUGGAUUUUAGUGAAUCCGUUGUGGUGGUUAAUCAGGAUGAUACUACUUUUGAGUUUUAG